CAGGUGUCCCCAGGGCUGCUCUGUCAGCGUUAAAUCCCGGCUAGUGGCUCGGCGGUCCGCUGCUGCGUGGAGAUAGACGGCACUGGGGCUGCAGCUGGGAGCAGAGUGCAUUUCCUGCAUACCUCCCCUCUGUUGCCUUCUCUCCCUCCUCUCCCCCACUUGGGGCUUGUGAGUGAGAGCGCUGCGCUAAAAGCUUGCUCUUCUCUCUCGCCUCUCUACCUCUGACACACACUCUCUCUCUCUCUCCCUUUUCUCUUCCUCACUCAAAGACAGGAGUCUCCGAAAGCAGCUGACGCUUUCCGUAUUUCCCACUAAGCAUCAUUUCAUUGACGUUUUUUCUCUUCAAGCACUUUCUUUUUUUUUUUUUUGCCCCCCUAUAUUUUUCCUCUGAGCUGGAUUUCACAGCUGCUGAGGUGACAUUAGGCGUCUGGACGCAACAGAGGUGCGAAGGACAGAGCAAUUGGGAGACAACUUUCCCCCCUGCAAUCAGCGUAACACUUAUGUCACCAGAGGAGGAGUGUUUGUUUUGAGAAAGAUUUACCUUUGUGUUUAAUUUUUCAGCCGUUUCUGACGGGAGGUACGGGCAUUUUCGCGGCUGGAGAUUUUUUCCAGCAAGUGGAAAGUUUGGGACGCGGCAUGGCUGAUGGAACUGCAGCUGCCUACUGAAGCUCUUCCUCCAAUUCAGUCCAGGAAUGACGACGGCGACCAUGGAGCCUGUAGGAAUCUUGGUGGAAAGGGGCGCCAACGCCACCGUCCCACCCGUGAGCUCUCACCAGGACGCCGCCGCUACCGUCACCAUCGGCACCAUCCUCUCCAUCAUGUGCUUCGUCGGCGUCUCGGGGAACAUUUACACCCUGGUGGUCAUGUGCCACUCCAUGAGGACCGCGGCGUCCAUGUACAUCUACAUCAUCAACCUGGCUCUGGCAGAUCUGCUGUACCUUCUCACCAUCCCCUUCGUGGUGUGCACACACUUCCUGAAGGGCUGGUACUUCGGAGACCCGGGCUGUCGGAUACUGAUCAGCAUGGAUUUCCUGACCAUGCACGCCAGCAUUUUCACGCUGACCAUCAUGAGCACGGAGCGAUACUUUGCGGUGCUCAAGCCCCUGGACACAGUCAAGCGGUCUAAAAGUUACCGGAAGGCUAUCGCGGUGCUGGUCUGGGUAGCCUCUCUAAUCCUCACCUUGCCUAUGAUUGUGACCAUUCAGCUUACGACAGUCGGGAAGAAGGCAAUGUGCCUGCCCACUUUAUCCCAGCAGUCUUACAAGAUUUACAUCUCUUUUCUGUUUUGCACAAGUAUCGUUGCUCCGGGACUGAUCAUUGGGUAUCUCUACAUCCAGCUAGCACGGACUUACUGGAUAUCGCAAACAAGAAGCUUCAAGCAGACCAAGAAACUACCUAAUCAAAAGGUGCUGUACCUGAUCUUCACCAUCGUGCUCCUCUUCUGGGCGUGCUUCUUGCCCUUUUGGAUCUGGCAGCUGCUCAGCCAGUUCUGCCCCUCCUUGCCCCUCUCCACCAAAGUCAAACGCAACAUCAACUACCUGACCACAUGCCUGACGUACUCCAACAGCUGCAUCAACCCGUUCCUCUACACGCUGCUCACCAAGAACUACAAGGAGUACCUGAGGAAGCACAAGAGGUCGUGGUCGGCCGGGAGCUACUUCAACAGACGGAACCGUUUUCAGCGGUCGCCCCGCAGGUCGCCGUCCGCCAGCAGUCAGCAAUGCACCGAGAGCUUCAUGCUCACACACACGGCUUCCCUGCGUGCUCACAACAGCAGCCUGUGCGGUAGGAGCAGCCGUCUUCCGGCUUGAAGUAGUGUAAUGUAAUGAAACGAAGAGAAGAGGAAACAAAUGGAGGGAAAAUCAAGGGAAAACAGAUCAGAAACUCUUCGUUAUUUGCGAGAGAAGACGACAAUGACAGAAGCUGUUUGGGCGUUUUAUUUUUCGCAGCGACUGAAUGACAAUAAACUGUUGCCGCUUUAGAGGUUUUCACGUCUACGUCGGCCUCCUCUGAAACUUCCUGGCAUAAAAAGAAAAGAGAAACGUUUUAAAGACUCUCUGUUUUACUCUACCUUCAUCUUGUUUUAUAUUAUGUCAACCUGCAUGCAGAAUUCUUUGAAAUUCUUCCUAUAAUCGAGUUUGGAUUAUUGGGUUUGAAGCACGGGUAAAGGAAUCAGAAUUGAUUUUAUUGGAUAUUUUUUUAAUAAUUUAUAUUUUAAGAAGAAAGAACAUGUUGUGUAUAAAGAUGUGUGUUAGGAAGUACUUUUUGUCUUGUUGAAAAUAAUAUAAGGAUAAAAAAAAAACGGGUCGGGUUUGGUUGAUUUUUCUUUUUCUUUUUUGCUGUUGGGAAAACUUGUCAAAUUUCACUUUUAUUAAUAAUAAAAAAAAAUGUUUUUUACAUUUUGUUAAAACCGUCCUUAUGUCAUGACAGUAUAAUCUGGGGAGGGGGGGGGGGGAUCAAGCCUUUCUUCCUCCCUGUGGUCUUACUGCCAUCUGCAACCAAUCAGAGCCAGGAGGCGGGUCUUAGCGUAACCUGGUCACUUCGCUUGGAAUCAGAAACUGAGAACACAGCUAAUCCGCAGCUUCUUUUCGUCAGCAUUUUCAAAUCUUUAUUUAAAAUUUGCAAAACUGUGGAUGGAUGGAAACAUGACUAAUGAGAGUUGAGUUGCAGAACUGCCACUGACGUCAAAAUCUAAUCUGAUCAAAUACUCGCCUCAACCUACAAAUUAUUUUACAGCUAAAGUUCAUUACCAAGAAGCAAAGAUGAAAGAAGAUCAACCAAACACAAAUGUUCUUGAUUUUUGUGCUGUAAUGUAUGAUAUAUAAAUAGGAUGAAAAAUACUCAUAUCUGGGAAAACUCCUGAACUUGUCUUAAUGUGACAAAGCUCUCCAUGAGUCUACAAAAAUGUGUUUUUAUUUAAAUACCUUUUAUUUGAGAUCCAUCCAAAAAUCAUCCAAUGAUGUGAAUUGGUAGAUUUUAAUUUUGACUGGUUAAAAAAAAAAAAAAAAUCCCAGCCAUUUUCCAAUAUGUGAAUGUACUGUAC